GUUCUUGUCUGAAGAAAGAACACAAUCUUAUCCAAAAAAAAAUCGAAAAAGCAAAGAAGAACAACAAUGACGAUUCUCUGUUCCUCUUCGACAGUUACACUCCCUUCUUAUUCUUCAGCGAAAACCUCCGUAUGUAACAGAAGGUCUGCGUUCUUAGGCUUCUCUCUAAAUGCUAUCUUGAAACCAACGGUUCGAGUCACCAUUAACACAAAAAGAGGAGUGCAGGUGAAGUGCGAAGCCGAGCAGGCAACUACUACAUCUCUUGUUCCAGCGAAUCAAAGAUGGAUGUUCGACGAAGAAGAAGCUAAUGGCCCUGACAUUUGGAACACAACAUGGUAUCCAAAAGCUUCAGACCAUGUGAACACAGACAAGCCUUGGUAUGUUGUAGACGCAACAGACAAGAUUCUCGGUAGAUUAGCAUCAACAAUUGCUAACCACAUCCGUGGGAAGAACCUUGCUUCUUACACUCCCAGUGUUGACAUGGGAGCCUUUGUCAUUGUGGUGAAUGCUGAGAAAGUUGCUGUGUCUGGAAAGAAAAGGAACCAAAAGCUGUACAGGAGACAUUCAGGACGACCUGGUGGUAUGACAGUAGAGACAUUUGAUCAGUUGCAGCAGAGAAUCCCGGAAAGGAUCAUUGAGCAUGCUGUUCGUGGGAUGCUUCCAAAAGGACGGCUUGGGAGAGCUCUGUUCAAUCACUUGAAGGUGUACAAAGGCCCAGACCAUCCUCACGAGGCACAGAGACCGCUUGAUCUGCCUAUCAGGGACAAGAGAAUACAGCUUCAGAAAUAGAUACACACCAUGGAGUAUCUGAUACUCUCUGCUAAGCUCUAGUUUUUCUCCUUCUUGGGUUUGUGUAGUUUCUUCAUCUCAAAACCAGAUGAGACUUUGCAGAUUCUUGUUACUAUUGCUUGCAACUAUAAAGUUUUUUAAUGUGAAAUAUUAUUUUUGCUGGUAACUAUCUUAAUG